AUGGACGACUCGAGCUCACCUGGAGAAACCGCUGCAGGAGGUGGAGGAGGAGGAGGGGGUGCCGGCUCGAACUGGGGCUACAACGGCAGUAUCCCUUGGGGUGCGAACGGGGCCGCCUGGGGCGCGGGCAGCAGCGGGGCGUGGCUCCUGGCCGGCGUGCUGUCCCUCAUCAUCCUGAUGACGGCGUGCGGCAACGUGCUGCUGAUCGGCCUGGUGUUCUCCCAGCGCUCCCUGCGCUGCACCUCCAACUGCUUCCUGGUGUCGCUCUUCCUCUCCGACCUGAUGGUGGCGCUGGUGGUGAUGCCGCCCGCCAUGUUGAACGCGCUGUGCGGCGCCUGGGUGCUGUGGCCGGCCUUCUGCCCCGUCUGGCUCUGCUUCGACAUCAUGUGCUGCAGCGCCUCCAUCCUCAACCUGUGCGUGAUCAGCCUGGACCGCUACCUGCUGAUCAUCUCGCCGCUGCGCUACAAGCAGCGCAUGACCCCGCCGCGGGCGCUGCUGCUGGUGGGCGGGGCCUGGGGGCUGGCUGCUCUCACCUCCUUCCUGCCCAUUGAGAUGGGCUGGCACAGCCUGGGCCACGGCGGCCGGGACCACGCCCCCGGGACGGCGGGCGCCCUCAACGGCAGCCUCGCCGAAUUCGCCGCCCCUCACCUCCAGCCCGCCCCGUACCUGGCCCUCCCCCUCCCACCCUCGGCCGCUGCCCCCUCCCAGUGCCGCCUGCGGGUCAGCCUGCCCUUUGCCCUGGUGGCCUCCUGCCUCACCUUUUUCCUGCCCUCCACCGCCAUCUGCUUCACCUACUGCCGCAUCCUGCUGGCAGCUCGGAGGCAGGCCCGCCAGGUGGCGGCACUCACGCACCCCCCGCACCCCCCACCCCACUCGCCCGGGGGGCCGUCCCACCCCCCAUCGCCCGGGCUGGCCACCGGGCACGCUCCCGCCGACCGGGACUACUGCAGCCACCAAGAGCCGCCCACACAACGCAACGCCCAGUCGUCGGUGAGCAGCGAGAGGAGGCUGGCACACAGGCAGGGGCGGAGGGCUCUGAAGGCCAGCCUGACCCUCGGUGUCCUGCUGGGGCUCUUUUUCAGCGCCUGGCUGCCCUUCUUCAUCACCAACAUGGCGCAGGCAGUGUGUGAGUGCGUGCCCCCUGCCCUCUUCGACACCCUCACCUGGCUGGGCUACUGCAACAGCACCAUGAACCCCAUCAUCUACCCCCUCUUCAUGCGGGACUUCAAGCGCGCCCUGGGGAGACUCCUGCCCUGCUGCUCCUCCUCCUCCUCCAGCUCCCCCCGCCGUCCCUCUCCCCCGCUCUCCCUCUCCCUCCGCAACUCCGGUGAGCCCCACCUGCCCUCCGACCCCCCCUCCCUGACCUCCGACCCGCCCCAGCCCCCCGCCACAGCCACGGACGCUGUCAACCUGCUGGACGCCGAGCAUGCUGGGAGCGAGCUGCCGCUGCUCCUGCCCAAUCAGGUGGACACUCUGGACUGA